AGGCAGAGACCAUGCCGACCAGCGAGGCGUCGUCCCCCCGGGUGACGGUGACGGAGCUGGGCCAGUUCCUGAGGAAGCCUCCGGCCGGGUUCUCGGUGGAGCCUCUCCGCUCCGGGUACCGGGUCCUCUGCGACCCGGCGGACUGCCUGCUGCUGCUGGACGACUUCCGCUCCAGCACCGGGGACACGGUCGUCUUCCAGGAGUCGUUGGGACGGAAAGUGAGAAUGCAGAAUCUGUGGGAAUACACCACCGUGAGGAAGAGCCUGCUGUCCAAGAGGAUCUGUCUGCUGGUGUCGGCCUGCCAAGAGGUCCCCUCAAAAACCAGCAAAAAGGCAGGGAAUGAAGUCUCAGUGCUGGAGCGGUUCGUGGUGUGCAUCGACGGCAGCGACCCCUUCAUCAGGUGGCAGAUGGAGAAAGGCCUGAACUGGACCAUCUCCUCUGUGGCUGGAGAAAGCUACAGGGUGGAGAUUGACCUGACUGACGCGAUGGAGAGCUGGGCUCAGAAAAACCUGAGUGACCGCCCGAUGAGCGUCCGACCGGUGUGGAGAGAUGCUUCUUUCACCCUCAAGUACAACUCUGACGCUCUCUUUGACUUCCCACACUGGUUCGGCUUCAGCAAGAGAAAAUUCACAUUGAGACUCAACUGAGCUGGCUGUGGACAGAAAAGGAAAGAAUGGAGUUAUUUGCUCAGUUUUUGGUGAGACCUGACUCUGCAAGGACUUUUUGGAUGACAUGAAGAUCAGUCUCAUUCUGUACAUAUUGUUUUUUUUUUUUUUUUUUUUGCUGUUCCAUAAUGUGGGAACAUUUGUGUAACUGACAUUGUCUGCAGAUUUCUGUACAUUUUAACCAAUAUUUGGUUGCAAGGAAAGUUAUUGAAUUUUAUUUUUGUAUCAAACAUGCAAUUAAAACUUUCACAAAAGAGACAAUCCAGUGUUUUAAUUGACGUGUUGAAGAAUGAUUGUGAGGAAUUUACUGGACAUACACCAAUCUAAGGGAUGAGGAGAAGAGCAGACGCAGCGUUGGUGAUCGUUUCCACAUA